AGCCGUCAAAAUGAAGAGAGAGAAAACACAACAGAAGCAACUAUCUGCCGUACGAUUAGUUGUUAAAAAAUUCAAUGUCGGCAGCCCAACCCGUAACUUGGACGCCAUAAAUAGGGUUUACAGGUGCUUGUUUACGUUUCGCAGAAGCAUUCUUUGUUCUGUUCCAUUCGAUUCAAGAAAAGUAGAAGUAGUAGUAGUUUUCUCGUUCCUAAAUUCUAAUUCUCUCUCUCACGUUUCGAUGGCUCGUACAAAGCAAACUGCUCGUAAGUCUACCGGAGGCAAGGCGCCGAGGAAGCAGCUUGCUACCAAGGCUGCUCGCAAGUCUGCCCCAACUACUGGAGGAGUGAAGAAGCCCCACAGAUACAGACCCGGAACUGUUGCUCUUCGUGAAAUUCGCAAGUAUCAGAAGAGUACUGAGCUCCUGAUCAGGAAAUUGCCCUUCCAGAGGCUUGUUCGUGAGAUUGCUCAGGAUUUUAAGACUGACUUGAGGUUCCAGAGCCAUGCAGUCUUGGCACUGCAGGAAGCCGCAGAAGCAUACCUUGUUGGGUUGUUUGAAGAUACCAAUCUCUGUGCAAUUCAUGCAAAGCGUGUCACAAUUAUGCCCAAGGACAUUCAGCUCGCAAGGAGAAUUAGGGGUGAGAGGGCUUAGUUUUUCAAAGUAAAUGUUGGGGUUCCAACUGAAGCUGAUUGUUGUUGAUGAUGGGUGUUUUAGUAGAAGCUUUAGGAUUUUGUCUUCUUCAAUACCAUAUAUUGUGUUCUGUCAGAGGAUGAUUGAUAGAUACUAAUGGUUGUGGAUUGAUUUGCACGGUACUCUUUAUCUUCUUUCAUUUUGUUGGGCUUGUCUAAUUUCUGACUUCUUUUAAUCCCAUUCUAAUCAUAUUUUAUUUGUCAAA